GAGAGAGAGAGAGAGAAGGAGGAGGGAGCCACUGAGGCAGCAGGGACACGGGAACCUGCAGGAGGACUCACAUGGUCCUGCAGCAGAGGAGCACAGACCACCGGGACACUCCAAACCUCUUAACGUCACAUUCAGUUCGGCUUAGUCUACUUUCUUUUCUUUUCUUUUUUCCAGAUAACGUGAACGUUACUCCUCCGUUUUUAUUCCAUUUGCUUCUCGCAUCCCUCCUCCCGCAGCCCAGUGUCGGUCGGACUUGGGCCGGUAAAAGCAGCGCCAUGGCUCGGGAGAACGGAGACACCGGCAGAGGGGAGACGUGGAAAAAACAAGUCGACGACAUCAAGAAAUUUUUUGAUUUUAAAGAAGUCCUCGGCACAGGAGCGUUUUCCGAGGUGGUCCUGGCCCAGGAGAAGCUGACCGGACGGAUGUUUGCGGUGAAGUGCAUCCCUAAGAAGGCUCUGAAGGGGAAGGAGAGCAGCAUCGAGAACGAGAUCGCCGUGCUGAGGAAGAUCAAGCACGAGAACAUUGUGGCGCUGGAGGACAUCCACGAGAGCCCUGACCACCUCUACCUGAUCAUGCAGCUGGUGUCUGGCGGAGAGCUGUUUGACCGAAUCGUGGAAAAAGGUUUCUACACGGAGAAGGAUGCGAGCACGCUGAUCCGACAAGUCCUGGAUGCUGUGAACUACCUGCACAAGAUGGGCAUUGUACACCGAGAUCUGAAGCCAGAGAACUUGCUGUAUUUCAAUCCCCAAGACGAGUCAAAGAUCAUGAUCAGCGACUUUGGUCUUUCCAAGAUGGAGGGCAGCGGUGAUGUCAUGUCCACUGCCUGCGGCACGCCGGGAUAUGUGGCUCCAGAGGUUCUUGCCCAGAAGCCGUACAGUAAGGCGGUGGACUGCUGGUCCAUUGGAGUGAUCGCCUACAUCCUGCUGUGUGGUUACCCUCCGUUCUACGAUGAAAACGACUCUAAGCUGUUCGAACAGAUCCUGAAAGCCGACUACGAGUUUGACGCACCCUACUGGGACGACAUAUCAGACUCAGCCAAGGAUUUCAUUGGCAGUCUGAUGGAGAAAGAUCCAGCCAAGCGUUUCACCUGCGAUCAGGCACUCAGACACCCCUGGAUCGCCGGGGAUACGGCACUCUGCAAGAACAUCCAUGAGUCAGUCAGCCGACAGAUCAAAAAGAACUUCGCCAAGAGCAAAUGGAGGCAAGCGUUCAAUGCCACCGCCGUGGUUCGGCACAUGAGGCGGCUGCAGCUUGGCAGCAGCAGCAUGGGGAGCAGCGUGGACGCCUCCAACCCACCGACCAGGCCGAGCCAGACGCAGAGGCCGGCCCAGAGCCAGAGCCAGAGCCAGGCGGGCCAGAACCAGCCAGCUCAGAGCCAAAACACCGGCCAGGCGGCGCAGAGCCAGAGCGCCAACACAGCCGCCAGCAAAAGCUCUUCCAUAGACAACAACAUAGCAGCUCCCCGCAAGGAAUGUGCAGCUGCACCGGCCACGCCCUGCAGUCUGGCGUCUGCAGCCUCUUCUCCCGCCGCCGGGGCAGAGCUGAACCGGCCACAUCCCUCCGCGCCCGCCGCCCCGGUGCUCACGGAGACCAAGUGACGCCAGGUCCCGCGGGGAACCAGUUGGGAGGCCACGGCGCUGUGAGGCAGAGAGACGGAAAGAGACGGAGGACGACAGGAGAGGAAGAGGAUCCCCCCCCCU